GACGGUUUGAGCGAUUUAACUCCCAAAUCGGCUAGAGGCCGUGUAUACGAAGUAGAUAUAUCAUACCCGAAACACUUGCACGAUAAGCAUAAUGAUCUGCCAUUCCUACCACAAAAUAGUAUACCACAAGGCUCAAAAGUGCGGAAACUUAUGGCGACGUUUGAGCCUAAGGUAAACUAUAUUGUGCAUUAUAGGAAUCUGCAGCAGGCAAUCGAUAACGGGUUGAUAGUUGAAAAGGUACAUAGAGUCUUGGAGUUUAGCCAGUCGGAUUGGCUGGCCAAGUAUAUUCAGUUAAAUACCGAUAUGAGAAAGAAGGCCAGAAAUGAUUUUGAAAAAGAUUUUUUCAAGCUCAUGAAUAAUGCGAUUUUUGGGAAAACGAUGCAAUCUAAACGCAAGGAAAUAAAAAUGGAGUUGGUAUCAUGCGAGCGCCGACUCCAAAAACUGAUAAAUAAAACUACAUUUAAACAUUGUACAAGAUAUAGCGAUACCCUUAGCGCUGUUACUUUAGCAAAUAAAAUAAUCAAAUUUGAUAAACCUAUAUAUAUUGGAUUCGCGGUAUUGGACAUUAGCAAAACUUUGAUGUAUGAUUAUCAUUAUAAUGUGAUGCAGAGGCACUAUGGUGAAGACAUUACGCUUAUGUAUACUGACACAGAUUCACUAGUGUAUCACAUUAUGACUGAUGAUUUUUACUCUGACUUGUUGGAAAAUCCAAACUUGAUGGAUAGGUUAGACACGGCAGACUUGCCAUCUAACCAUCCGUGCUAUACAACAGCACGUAAAAAGGUGCCAGGUUUUUUUUCUGACGAGUCAAAGGGUGAUAUUAUAUCAGAGUUUUGUGCGUUGAGGGCGAAAUCUUAUGCAUAUAAGAUUCACUCAUCAAAUACGUCCGAUACUGCAGGAAGGGAGAGUAUUAAAGCUAAGGGGGUCCGACGUCAUGUGGUUAAGAAUCACAUGACUUUAGAGGACCACAGAAAAUGUCUGUUUGGGGAAGCCGGUGUGAAGGCUUACCAAGAAAAUGUGUCUAUUAGAUCAUUUAAGCACAAGCUGUUGACAAUCAAAACAAAUAAAUUGACGUACAACAGUUAUGAUGAUAAGCGGGUUGUGCUAUAUGAUAAAAUAAACACACUAGCUCAUGGACACUACUGUAUAGAGUAAGUUAUCAUAAUUAUA